GCCACCUGGUUCGGAGGAUGGAAGGAGGAUGGGCCUCUCGUGAAGAUGGAGCCGAUGGACCGUGUGUGGUGUAAAUGAAGGUUAAUUAAGGCGACUCCAUCGAUCCGGUCGAUGGGUCUGGACAAGAAUAGGAAUGAGAGGGCGAGAUAAAAGACCAGUCUGAUGCGGGCGUCGAUAGUGUAUUACUCUUCCUUCUCUCUUCUUUCUCUUCCUCUCUUUCUUCUUCUUCCUCUUCCUCCUCUCUUCUCUCUCUCUACUUCUACUUCUUUCGUCCUUCUCCACUCCACCCAGAUAGGAAGAGGAAGACGAUCAAUACGGGUCUAAAUUAGGAAAACGUCGAUCUAUCGACUCUUUCGUCACUCUGCAUCGCAUGCGUUUUUUCUCUUCCAUCUCCCCGACCUCUCUAUUAUCCAUCUACAUCCUGUCUUUUUUCCUCUCUCUUUCAUCCACACUCUCUCCUUUCUCUUUCUUUUUACUAUCGACACCUAUAUCAAGGUAAACUACGCCAUGCUGGCGGUCCCCAUGACCUUGCCGACGUCGUCCUCCUCCAAUAUGGCCUGCACAGUGGCCUCUGCCUCCAACCCUCCGUCCGCUAUUUCAUCUCGCCCCAAACUCUCCCUACAAACCGCCUGUCUCCCCCGAACCUUCGGUAGUUCAUCCACUGGACUGUCCCUAUCUUUGGCGGCCGGACCCACUGCCUCUCCCACCGUCCGGAAUACCUUCAACAACGCUUACGACCCCACUUCGGCCACCUCGUCUCCCUCGAAGCCAUCCGCGACCGGUCGCCUCGCCAUCUCAUCCUACAACAAUGCCGCCCACAACAGCAACAACAACAACAACAACAACAACAACAACAACAACAACAACAACAACCCCUACCAGCUCCCCCUCGGCGUCAAGAGCAUCCUCCGAAACUCCCCGUUAGAACCCACCUGUCGAUCACGCUCCAUCUCUAUUCCCUCCAGCGCCACCGGCGCCCGCCGCGCUUUCUUCCCUCCAAAGAAGCAGGUCAGCUAUCGUCAGCCACUCGAAGAAGAAAUCCGCACAGUACACUACACCGCACGUCAUUCCGACCUCGCUGAAGACCCGCAACAACAACAACCUCAACGACCCGCCCCCCACACAGCCCCCGACGAGGCAGAAUCCGACUCCACCGCAAGCGGGGCCACCUCAGACGCCAGUACCUCGUCCUCGUCCGAUGACGACACACACUCGUCCCUCGCACGGUCAACCCGCAAGAAGCGGAAACAUAUCAGCGCCGAGCGACAAGUACGCGCCGUCGCUCUAAUGGACGGCAUCGAAGGCGACGGGUCCGCCACGCCGCAGACCCCGCGUCAACACCGCGUCAAACGACGCUGCGAGUGGCGGUGGACGCUCGGUCCACUCGAAACCACCGAGAAGAUCGUCGAGCCAUUCCCGGCGCAAGACUCGGACGAGUUGACCCUCACUACUUCUGCUCCAGCUACUACUACACCGACUUCGACGACCCUACCCAUUCUAUCCACUUUAAAAACCCAUGCCACCCCCCACACACGAGACAACGUCAGCCCUCUAUCCUGGGACUCAGACGCCCAGUCCCUGUCAGCGACCUCGCAGUUGACAUCCACGCCUAGCUCGUCUGUGCCGUCUGAACUGGACCUCGAGUAUAAAAUGCCGUUGUUGUCGGACGCGGAACCCGUCCUCAAGCCUGCAGACCAAUAACCCGUGCGGACGGCCAUGAUGCCUCUGCAUUGACGAUAUGGAUGGGACUUGAUUUAUGAUUUAUGCAUCUGUCAUAGAUGAGCGAUUUCUUUUCUUUUACCUAGUACCUACUUUUUUUAUUUUUCUCCAACUGGAUAUUUUUACUAUCGUGGGGUUUCCUUCUUUUCCUUCCUUCUCUUCUCAUCUAUUUCUUUUCCCUUCUUUUUUUUACAGCGACAUCUUCACAUACAUAUCUUAAUAUUCUUCUACUCUCUUUUCUUAUCUCUUCCUUUUUUUUCUGUCUUCCCUCUUUUCAGACCAUUUUCUUUCUUUCUAUUCUAUUCUACUAUUUAACUAUGCAUGGUGUCGGUGUGGCGGCUAUCGUCUAUCCCCUUCUUCGUAUCGAUGAUUGAUUGAUAUACAUAUACCAGGCUACGGUUGCAUUUCUUUUCAUUUUAUUGUCCGGACAUAUUACUUGCAUAUAUAUUCUAUGGAUAUGAAUAUUCACAGAUUUUACCACUUAUUUGUGUACAUAUGGUAUUUACCAUUGUAUUGUCUGCUGCAGCUUAUAUUUCGUUUCAUAAGGGGGUCU